AUGCUCCCGGAUCGCUCGAAACCUUUCCAUGUGGUGUGCGACGCGAGUGACUUUGCGAUCGGCUGCGCUUUGAUCAACAACGCGGUGCACGCGUCGACUGGCUUGACCCCGUUCUUCAUCAACUUCGAUCGCCACCCCCGUAUACCAGCACUCCUCGGACUGGAGCACUCUUCCGCCGUCUCCCCUGCUCCCGCAACCGACGACGCGGCAACAACUGCGUCAUCCGAUCGGGCAACCUCAUCACGCGCGGCUGUGACUCCGGCGUACGUUGACAGUCGUGAAGACGCUCACGACACUGCUGCACCACUGCUACACGCUGUCACCACGCGACAUGGUGCCAAGACUGCUACGCAAGGAGUGCGUACACACGCCGCCACGAGGGCCGCGCUGAGUGCAGACGAUGCAGCUCAGGGACAAACGCCGCGAUCGAGUGCCGCCACGAGGACGACACCACCUGACAUUGCCGCCUGGACUUCGCGGACGUUGAUCGUCCCAAGACAACGUCGUGCCGUUGAAUACCAGGACGUGCCGGGCGCAGCCCGUGCUGCUGCGCCGCUUCCCGCGAACUUCGACCCACUUCCGGUGUCACAGCCUCGUGACGCUGUGGCUGUCAACGACUUCCUGACCCAGCGCGACUCAAUCGUCCGAUUCGUUCGCGACACCAUAGCAGCAGCAGUGGACCGCCAAAAGGAAUUUGCUGAUCGACGCGGCCGCACGAAUCGAGAGAUGUUUGUCGUCGGCGACCGCGUCCUACUCUCUACGGCCGGCAUACAACCUACAGCUGUGACGAAUUUGGGUACAAGCAAGCUUGCGCCACGAUUUAUUGGUCCGUUCAAAGUUACGAAGGUACUCGGGGAUGCAUACACACUUCAAGUGCCUACCGCUAUUCGCCUGCAUCCUACCUUCUACGUCGGUCGACUCCGCCGAUACCACCCGGCGGAUAUCCCUAGCGGCGCUGUUCCCAGCCAGCGCCCCAAUCCCGAUCACGUUCACGACGCUCCGGCCCGCGCGCUCCCAACCGCCGACGCAGUUCCUCCAGAUCGCGUUCCAGCCGCUCCAACCGCUCCCAGUCCCGGCGGCGUUGACGCUCCGCCUCCGCCCAGCGCUCGUGCGGAUCGGUUUCUGAGCGACGGCCCUCCGCCGCUUGUGGAUAGCGCGGGCCACGUUCGUCAUAUCGUGGAGGCGAUCUUGGAGCACGACGAUCGUCGCGCCGCUCUUCGUCGUACACAGCCUGGCCGCGGUGCUCGUACCCGCGGCGAUCGCGUUCUCCCACAUCGGCAGUACCUUGUCCGCUGGCUCGGGCCCAUGGAAGAUAGUUGGGAGCCCCGCGAGGUGCUCCUCCAAGACGUUCCGGAUUGCGUGGCGGCGUAUGAGGCAAGCCUGCCAGGCGGCGCGGCGGCGCGCCGCGCCUAG